AGUAGAUCUGAAAUUGUUCGAAAUUUUGGUACAUUUUACAGUGUGCUGACAACUUGAGCUGACUAUCAAGAAUAAAAAAUAAUAUGCAGCUUUCUUAGUUUGACAUUGUUAAAAACUUUUACAACAGUAUUUUAUUCCGUGACAUAAAGAUUGAGCUGGAUUUCACCAGUACUAUAUAAAGCAAUCGAUAUUCCUAUGUACCUAAGCCACUGAUGAUAAGUAAAGUGGACUCGUAUGCGCAUCGGAUGACAGUGAAAGAUCAAAUAGAGGCAACGAGUCAGUGCAGAAUUAACCGGCAGAAUGAAUGGACUGAAACACGUGUGUAUGCUGAUUUUAAGCAUCAAUGUGUCAACAAUUAUUUCUCAAUACGUAGAUGAUUCAGAUUACGAGGACUACGGUGUAUACGAUGAAUUUUUACUGAAUGGUCGCAGACCCAUGCAACAACCUACAAAACGAGUAGAUACUACCCAAGAUGAUUUUUACAUAAUAAAUGAUUAUGAAGAGGCAAUGCCUAAAAGUGAUAAAAAUAAAAAUGAUAUAUAUGCUGCAAAAGAGGAAAUAGAUUUGGAUCCAGAGAAUGAUGAAGGAUCCGUAGAAGUGAUUAAACCGCCGUAUCAUCAACUCAAAUGGUUACAACCACCAGAAAGAGUGUAUCAAUACACAAAACAUAGAAUACCUGGUUACGAUUAUCAUGAGUUAGAUUUCAUGGGAUAUAAAAAGCUAAGUAAGUGUGACACAAGAUCUGUUUGGUCUCACUGCGUCUGUCAAUUCACGUGCGCUAAUCCGAACGAAGUUGAUUGUUACAUGCCAUGCAUAAGUGGAUGCGAAUGUAAAGAAGCCUACGUGUUUGACGAAAACUCACAACUAUGUGUACCACUAGAGAUGUGUCAGUAGCAAGAAAAUAUAAACAUUUAUGAAAAAUAAAACUGCUCAGU